AUGGGGCGGGUGGGACGGGCCAGUCACCCGCGGGUGGAGAGGCCGCGGGCCCCGGGCGGGAUAGGACUGGGGCGGGGCCACGCUCCCGGCGGCGGGCAGGGCCUGGCCUCCCGGCGGGGGGCGGCCAAGCUCUCCGGGGGAGGACGGGAGCGGGGCCUGGCCUUUCCAGGGGGGCGGGCCCGGGAUCUCCGCGGGGGGCGGGGCGCGCCGGGAAAAGUUCCGGGAAGGUGGGCCUCCCGCCCAGACCCGGCGCGGAAGUUGCCGGCGGCCGUGCCCGCCAGGCCCGCAGCCAUGUCGUCAGGGAACGCGGGGUCUGGCGGGCGGGAGGGCGCCCCGCGCGCUGCUGCCGCGCUCUGCGGCCUGUACCACGAGGCGGGGCAGCGGCUGAGGCGCCUGCAGGACCAGCUGGCCGCCCGGGACGUCCUCAUAGCGCGCCUCCGCGCCCGUCUGGCCGCGCUCGAGGGGGACACGGCGCCGUCGCUCGUGGACGCGCUGCUGGAGCAGGUGGCGCGCUUCCGGGAGCAGCUGCGGCAGCGGGACGGCGGCGCCGCGGAGGCCGCGCUGCGCCAGGAAAUCGAGAGACUUUCCGAGCAACUAGAAGAAAAAGAGAGGGAGACGCAGCAGCUGAUGAGCCAGCCGGAGCGGGAGCAGGAGGAGGAAGUGGCCCUGCUGAGGAGAAGCGGGGCACAGAAGGGGCGGGCCCGGGCUGCCAGCGACAUUCUGUGCCGCUCCUUGGCCGACGAGACCCAUCAGCUGCGGAGGACUCUGGCCGCCACCUCCCACAUGUGCCAGCAUCUGGCCAAGUGUCUGGAUGAACGCCAGCGCGCACAGGGGGACGCGGGGGAGAGGAGCCCUGAGCCAGCAUGUGCAGAUGGGGACGGCUCUGUCCACGCGGUUGUUGAGAAGUUACGGGAGGAGAAUCGACUGUUGAAGCAGAAGGUGACUCACGUGGAAGACCUCAAUGCCAAGUGGCAGCGCUACGACGCCAGCAGGGACGAGUACGUGAGGGGGCUUCACGCACAGCUGAGGGGGCUGCAGGCCCCCCUCGAGGCUGAGAGGCCCUCCCCGCCCGAGCUGAUGAGGAAGGAGAUCUCCCGGCUCAACACACAGUUGGAGGAGAAAAUCAACGACUGUGCAGAAGCGAGGCGGGAGCUGGCGGCCGCGAGGAGGGCCCGGGACGCCGCGCUGGAGCGGGUGCAGAUGCUGGAGCAGCAGAUCCUCGCGUACAAGGACGACUUCACGUCGGAGAGGGUCGACCGGGAGCGGGCUCAGAGUCGGAUCCAGGAGUUGGAGGAACGGGUGGCCUUGCUGCAGCGCCAGGUACCCUGGAAACAGGAUCCUCGAGAGCCAGGCUCUUGCCGGAUUCACACUGGGGGCAAAACUCCCGGGUACUUAGAGACUGACGCUUCGGAGCUUGUGGCACCCGGUGGCUGGAGGCCUGGGAUGGGAUCCCAGCGGCCAGAACUCCCCGCAGAGGGCGGGAGCCCCCGAGCAGCGCAGAGAGGCCAGGGGGACCUUCAGUGCCCUCACUGCCUGCAGUGCUUCAGCGACGAGCAGGGGGAGGAGCUCUUCCGGCACGUGGCCGAGUGCUGCCAGUGAGCCCGCGCUGGGCCGCCCGGCCCGCAGGCAUGCGUGGGUGCUCCCAGCACGCAGCAUCGAGAUGCGGGGCCCCCGGAACGGGCUGGGGGUGCUUCUGAGCCUUCCCCUUGGUCCCCCUUGGGUCAGGGGGCACUUCCGGUGGGGCUGGAGGGGGAGGUGGGGUUGGGAGCAUUCGUGCCCAGGAGGGCUCAGCCUCACCUCUGGUGUAGAGUUUGACGUCCCAAGCUGUCAGGCCGAGGCCGUGCGUGAUGUGGCGUGGGGUUCUCCCAGGCCCGCAGGACAGCCCUGCCCCAGCCGCACCUGGGGACGCUGCAGCUCACUGGGACGCGGCGGCUGCCCGUGGGAAGUGCGCCCACGCCCACC